AUAUAAUGUUGUGUAUAGAUGAGACUGGAAUAAAUAAAUAAAUAUUAAAAUAAACAAUAUGUAGUCGUUUGUGAAGGAUUACUGUGCGAAUGACACGGUCGUAAACUAGCGCGAAAGCAAUAUGUUAUGCUUGGUUUAACACGUCCUUAAAAGUGCAUAUGUAUUAAAAGUUAAUACGGGUUAAUUCUACUUUCGGUUUUAGCUAGAGUUGUGUUGUAUCUUGAAAUUAUUUUACACAUUUUAAGACAUUUAAUGUAUAAAUAUGACAUACUAUAUAUUGUCAUUUUUAGUUCUUUGUCUCAGUUUAGAGAUGAUAUUUUAUAUACAAAAACUGGAGACGUUACAGCUCGAGUACCGUUCGUUAUCUGCUCAUGUACAUGGGCAUGGCAGAAAAAGGGAAAAUUGCCCAGAGCAAACAGAAGCAACAUGUGUCCGUGAUAAUACAUCUGGAAACAGUCGACCUAUCGUGAACGCAUUCUCCGUAAGUGAUUCAAGAUCUGUGUCUCCAGCAGAAUCUCAAAAUAAACUACACAACUAUGCUAAAAUUCAUUUCAACGAAGGAACAGAUUUUAACGCGGACACAGGGACAUUUUCUUGUAGUAAACCCGGAGUGUAUUAUUUCACUGCCUCUCUGAUCAAAAAGCGUGCAUAUGAGAAUUCCGAAAAAGUUGAUCUGGUACAUUGUAUUAUUUACAAAAACACAGAAACUAUGCUGGAAUUACUUGUCGAUCCUAACGACGGCCCUAAAGUUGAUGUAAAUAAUAUCUCUGCAGAUAUUGGAAGUACGGCUGUGACUAACUCGAUGGUUGUACGACUUGAAAGAGGCGACACAGUUUAUCUAGGGGAUUGUGACAACCCACUGACAUCUCUGGAGCCUUACUCUUCUUUCUCCGGAUUUUUGUUGUACCAAGAUGUCGGAAGCAUUUAAGCGUUAAGAUAUUCAUAUUGUCAAUGUAAGCCGUAAACAGAUAUAUGUUUGUCAUUUAAACUUAUAACGACAAUAGUUGUUUUCGAAUGUGUUUUUACGACAGUAUUGGGGAUUGCAGUAAGGGAAUCAUGCAAUUUCAUGCUAUCUAUAUUAUCAUUUUAUCUAAGCUCACCGUUGUUAAAAUAUUAUUAACAGGAGGCACACCUACAUGACUAUUUAGAUAAGACCACAAGUGAUCCAUUGUCACACCCUAAAGUAAUCAACGUGAAUAGAACACCAAGGGAUGUACUUCUGGUAGUUUGUUCUUAAGGAUCAUUAUAUCACAAAAUUUAAUAAGGAGCUGUAUACAGGGUAACUGUUUGUUUUUGUCAGAUUGAGGUCCUCGUUCAUCUUAUAUAAAAAAUGAAACCUCAUAAACCAGGCUGUAAAAAUGCCACCCUAAAUAUUGGCACAUCCACCCGUCUGUCCGUCUCUCUGUCUGUUUUGCGAAAAUGAUAUUUCAUUUUGUUACUUUUUAUCAUUUUAUUUAUCUGUUGCCGGUCCUGAUUAAUGACUCAACUUUAUAUUAUUAGUUUUUUUAUUAAUAUCUUAUGUUUUGUUUUUAUAAUCCAAAAUUAUCGCAUGACCGCCACAACUUUCCUUUGAAGAUCGGCGUUCUCUAAAUUCCAGUAUUGGAAAACUUUGGGGUGCUCUAAAUGAGGUAUCAGUACGCUUUGGGGUGCUCUAAAUGAGGUAUCAGUACACUUUCUCGCGCAUGUCCAGUUUAUUAUUUUAAGUUCUCAUUCCUUAGAAAUAGAAACAGGGAGAUAUAUGAGAACUGAUAGAAAUAACAGAUUGUGUAAAUUAUGCCCGUAUAAAAAUGUUGAAUCAGAAUACCACUUCUUAUUAUGUUGUCCCUUAUAUUCAGAACUGAGAAAAUCUUUUAUAAAACAUGAUCUUUUCCACUCUUAAAUAAGUUCUAUUCUAUUAUGUCAUCAGGAAAUAAAAGUAGAAUAUUGCAACUAUGUAAAUUUUUAGAUAAAGCAUUCGCAUUAAGAUCUAGU